CAGCCGCCAUGGCGCAAUCCGCAAGAACGAAACACCUGAAGGCCCUAGGGUUGCCCGACACCGCCGACGACGCCUCCAUAAAAAAAGCCUUCCGCAAGCUCGCCCUCAUGUACCACCCCGACCGCAACCCGACGAAUGUGGAAGAGGCGACCGAGCGCUUCAAGCAGAUCAACGAGGCGAAUACCUACUUGACGUCUGCUGCGGGGCGGGUGCGGACACCACCUGCACCAGAGCCGGCGCCUACGAGGCCACCACCAAGACGUAGGCCGCCGGCGCCGCACCGACCGCCCCCCUCGGAAAAGCCCAAGCCCAAGCCCACCGAGGAGGAGGCCGACCUCAAGCGAGCGCAACGGCACCACGCCGCCGCGGAAGCUAGGAGGCAGGUUCAAGAGAGAGAAACUCGACGGCGCGCGUCGGCCGCUGCGGCGCGAAAACGCGAAGCCGACGACCUCGCGGCUCAAAUGGCGGCCAACGAGAAGCGCCAGAACGACCGCCAGCGGAAAGAUAGCAUCAAUGCGGCCAAAGCACGGGAGGCUGAAAGGAACCGCCAGCAAGAGAAAUUAAGGAAUGAAGCUCGUGUCAAGCGAGAGCGCGAGGAGGAGAUUCGCAGACGGCGGCAGGAGGCCGAGGAUCGCGAGCAGGAGAGGAUACGGCGGGAACGGUUCGAGGUCCACGCUAGAGAGGCUCGGGAACGGGAGCAGCAGCGCGAAGCUGCUCGAGCCGAGAAAUUGCGGAGGGCAAGGAGCGACCCCUUUCCCCGGGCACACGACGACGACAUCGAGACGCACGACAUGACUGAAGAUGAUGAGGCGUGGUCCGCGCGCGGCGUCCCGUUUCACGCCAUCGUCAUGCAUCGUCUCCCGGAGAGCGGGUCGUGGGUGGUCUUUUUUUCGAUUUCGAGGCCGUUCCGGGCGAGGCGCGGGCGAGGCGGGGUCGCUGCGAUGGCGCAGAGGUCCCCCGAGAGUUCGCGCGAUGGCGUAGGGUCGCGGCGAUGGCGUGGGAUUGCGUCGAUGGCGAGACGGGGAACGAACAACAACCGCGAUGCUCCGCGCAGGUGGCGGUCCCAGCAGAAGAACAACACGCGGGGCAUGUCCACGUCGGCCUGGCGCACGGAACCGGAGGAGGAGGACCCGGAAGAGGCGGCUCGACGCGCCCACGCCGAGGCCUUUGCGGCGGCCGCUCGUGCGAGAUCCGCGGGCGAGCUAGCUGAGGCAGAAAGACUCUACGCGAAAGCGCAACAACAGAUGGACGCGGCCAGAGACCACCGCAAGAAACAAACAGAAGCAGCCGCGAAGAAGGCAAGGGAGGAGGCCUGGCACGCGAACGACGGCUUCUACAAGGAGUGUGCCACUGCCGCCGCCCAAGCUCUCAACGAUAACGAGGAGCUCGACAACCUCAUGAAGAAGUUCGGCGGCACGAGUCCGCUGGGAAGGACCUUCGUGGCCCAUUCCAACGGCACGAUCCGACCCUCGCACCAAUUGCUCCUGAAGCCGGGCUGCAAAGUCGUAUUGAAGGACCUCAUCAGUAAGCCGGAACUCAACAACCAACUGGCCAUCAUCGAGAGGUACGACGACAAGAAGCAGCGGUACCAGAUUAAAAUCGAAGAUAGCGGGGCGAUCAUAGCUCUCAAGCCCCAAAACUUAAAACAGAUCACGGACGCCUUCCGGCGGGACGGGGCUUUGGUCGAGCCGCCGUCACGGUUGCGAGUCGUCGGGACGCAGGCGACUUCUCUUGAGUUGGAGUGGGAUUCAGGAGCAGGUGACCAGUGGCAACUGCAGUGGUCCUGCGACGGGGGGUUGACCUGGGAAUCGGCGUCGCGUAAUCUCGAGGCUCCUAAGGUUAGGAAGCGCAAUCUACAACCAGGUACGCACGUCAUGUUUCGGGUUCGAACUUUACAAGGAGAUCGGUUCUCGCCGUGGGCGACGUGUGAAGGGCGGACGGCCCAGAAAUCACCCGAAAAAUCUGCGUUUGCGUCGGCGGUGGAGUCCGACGUGAAGAAGCGCCAAUCGACCGUAAGGCAGUCGCACGAGUCCGAUGAUAGUGCCGCGCGCGGCCUCGAAGACGCUUUUGCUAGAGCCUCGGCCUGGGCCGCGUCGUCGCCCUCAUUACGGGGCGAGCAGCGCUGGCACGAGCUCGUGGAGAAUUCUACCGGAGACACCUUCUUCUGGAACGAGGCGUCCGGCGAGACGCGCUGGGAGCGCGAUCCCUCCUGGCUCCAGAAGAUCGACGAAAGCGGCGAGGAGUACUGGUUGUCUCAAGGUUCACCGGGCCGGUCCCCCGGGAGAAGGCGCUCGCGGUUUCGGUCCCAGGAGGGGGCUACAGCUAGAGGGCCGCCGUCGUUCGACGAGUUCCUGCGGCCCGACGUCGUGGCGAGCGGCUAGUUUUCGUAACUACUGUGGUGUGUGUCACUUUCUUCAAGACUAGUUACCCAG